AAGGAACUCGGCAGAUUGAGAACUUUCACAAUUCGCAAAAUGACGAAAUUCCCCGAGAUACAAGGUGGCGGAUCGCUGAUUCUGGCCUGGCAGGUCAAGGGCAAAACAGUGCUGGUUGUCGGGGGCGGAGAGGUGGCCGCAGGGCGUAUUGUGCAUGCGCUAAAUGCUGAUGCUAAUGUCACUGUCGUAUGCCCUGCAUCAGGUCUCAACGAAGAGGUUGCCUACCGCGUCGCCGAGAAACAAGUAACCCAUGUCGAUCGAAACUUCGAGCCGGCUGACCUCGACCAUGCCGACAUGGUCCUGUGCGCCAUCGAUGACCCGGAAGCUUCUACGCAGGUCUGGAAGCUUUGCAAAGAGAAGCGAAUCCCCGCCAAUAUUGCAGACGUUCCACCUGAGUGUGACUUUUACUUUGGAAGCAUGCACCGUGAUGGUCCGCUGCAGGUGAUGGUCAGCACUAAUGGCAAUGGGCCGAAACUGGCCAGCUUGGUUCGCAAGAAGAUCGCGGAGACUCUACCGGACAAUAUGGGUGCAGCUAUUGAAAACGUGGGCAAAUUGCGGAAGAAGCUGCGCGAAGUCGCACCCAACCCCGAUGAAGGCCCAAAGAGGAUGAAAUGGAUGUCGGCUGUUUGCGAAUCAUGGCCCCUUGAAAAUUUGGUAGAAAUGUCUGAGAAAGAUAUGGAUGGGCUGCUCUCGAAUUACGAGUCAGGCGCGGUCCCGUCUCUAGAGGAGGUCCGUAAAUGA